UUUAACCACCUCCCGCCCGCCAUAUGGUAAUAUGAAGGACGCAAGGUGGUUCUCUCGUUCUGGGAGGACGUCAUAUGACGUCCUCCCAUUCUAAAUGUGCAGCUCCCGGAGCCCACAGCACGGCGAUCGGCGGUGCGCUGUGUCCCUCGGACACAGCGGAUCACCGAUCCACGGAAAGAGCAGAAGUUGUCGGCUCGGUCAUGUGAUCAGCUGUGUCCAAUCACUGAUGAUCAGUGUGCCCUGAUGAUCUGUGUAGGCCCAGCAGCACCACCUGUCAGUGUCCAUCAGUGCCAGCUCUCAGUGCUCAUCCAUGCCACCUGCCAGUGCCCAUCAGUGCCACAUAUCAGUGCCCAUCUGAGCAGCCUUUCAGUGUCACCCAUCAGUGCCAGUCAGUGCCACCUACCAAUGCCAGUCAGUGCCACCUGUCAGUGCCGCCUAUCAGUGUGCAUCAGUGCCGCCUAUCAGUGC